ACGGUGACAGCAGCACCAGCACCAGCAACUGCAGCAGCUACAGCAGCAGCAGCAGGAGGAGCAGCAGCAGCAGAGGAGGAGGAAGAGGAGGAGUAUGUGGUGGAGAAGGUUCUGGACCGCAGAGUGGUGAAGGGCAAAGUGGAGUUUCUGCUCAAGUGGAAGGGCUUCUCAGAUGAGGACAACACAUGGGAGCCGGAGGAGAACUUGGACUGUCCCGACCUCAUAGCAGAGUACAUGCAGAAACACAAAGAGAAGGAGGAGAAGAAGAAGGAGAGCAAGAGGAAAGCAGCAAGCGAAGCCUCGGGAGACACAGAGGAACGAGGCAGCAAGAGGAAGAAGGAGGAGGGUGAGAAGGCCAGAGGUUUCGGCAGAGGACUGCAGCCCGAGAGGAUUAUUGGAGCGACGGACUCGAGCGGAGAGCUCAUGUUCCUCAUGAAGUGGAAGAACUCCGACGAAGCCGAUCUGGUCCCGGCCAAGGAGGCCAACGUCAAAUGUCCCCAGGUGGUGAUCUCUUUCUACGAGGAGCGCCUCACAUGGCACUCCUACCCCACAGAAGAGGAGGAAAAGAAAGAGGAGGACAAAAAGGACUAGAUGAAUAGAGAAGGAGGAAGGGCAAAGAGGAAAAGAAAGGAAGUGUGGAGGUGCAGGGCAGGAAAUCAACUACACACCGCUGAAUUGUUGUCCAGGCUAGUCGACUCUCGCGGCCGCUUUGAAAGUGUUGGGUGGAGAAAUGGCCGCCGUAGCUGACGGAGGGGGAAAAAGUAGUUUGUUUUCCUGCCCUGCAAGGAUUCCUCAAAAGAUGCUCCCGCCUGUAUCUCGAUUGAAAAUGUAAAUUCUUUUAAAGAAGUAUGUUGUGUUUUUUUGUUGUGUUUGUUUCCCCUCACCAAGAACGUGUGACUUGAUGGGAAUCGGUGCCUUUGUUCUCAUAGUGUUCCUGCCGAGCGUGUGGCGCUGAAUACCGACGUGAAUCCAUCGUAGCGACCAGAGAGUCUCCCACGCGUCCAGUUACCUCCGUCAGACGUGCGUUCGUGUGAAUCGGCGGCGGCUCGGUCGGGACAGACUUCCAUUCCUGCUCCGUUGGGAUACGUAGCGGGAGCUUCUUUUGAGGGGUGGGGGGUGAAGUGGGGCGAGGUGUUCAGGAGAGGUGGAAGAAUGGACGGAAACCAUUCGUCUCUUUCAGUAUCUGUUCUUUGUGCCACAUGGUUUCUCAUCAUUGCUGACAAAACACUGUUCAUUCGAAACUCUCCGACAACCAAACGACAGCCGUGCUUCUCGCUCUGACGGCGGCGGCGGCGGCGGGAUGCAGCCUGCAUGGACACACCACCAGCUAGGGGCCUUACAUGUCCUACCAGCCAGCGUGGCAGCUAGCGGUCUCACAGCGCCGGGGAUUCUCAGACUCCCACACUUCUCAGUACGGCCAAUCACAUGAAUGUAUUCCAGCGUCAGCUCCCAUUGGACCGGUUCCUCCGACACGUCGGGUUUCAGGCAGUUCUUUAAUCAAAGUCGGUUAGUGUCUGUUUGUACUUUGUGCUGAAUAAUGAAUCAGUUUCAGAUAAAACUCGUGAUUUGGAACAACGGAUUAGCUAACAGCGACGGGUGCAGGUUGGUGUACGUGUUACGUAGCCUGACCCGGGUUUCACCUGUUGUAUCAGUGGUUUGACAAAUUCCCACCGUCCUCGUGUGACAGUCGUUCUUCUGACCCCUUAUAGUGUCCAGUCUGAAUCUGUCAUGAAUAUUGAACUGAACUUUGAGAAUCAACUUGUAAUUUGCCCCAAACUGUCCUGCAGCGUGCCAAAUCAAUCAGACUGUUAGCGUAGCGGCGCAGCGUUGGGGAUGAGAAAGGCAGGCAUGCGUCAAAGUGUUGGCCGUACGUUUAUCUCCUCUCCCGGGCCUGUCGGCACCACGCUGGCCCACGAGCUUGUCUGGCUGAUGGAUGAGAUGUAGAGAGGUGCUGCCACGUGGCUGCUAGGUGGCGCUGAGGCUUCCUUCAUGUCUCUGUAGAUACGUGCUCUGUAACCAACACCGCUGGCUCACUGCUGACGGAGCAGAUGGUUGAAAGUAUGUCUUCAUUUUCACUCCCUUGUUUCAGAACUUCACACACACACUCACACAGACACACACACACACACACACUGCCACACGUGUGUUUUCUAGACUGUAUUAUUUUAGCGUGCACGGCCCGGCAACACUCAGCACAGCAGCACUUCCUGGUUCCUCCUGCUGCAGAGCUUUCUCUGUCCGACACACACUCUGAUAUUUGUGAAAAUAAACCAGAUGCAGGUUUAGUUUUCAGUCCCAUCAUCCUGGUGUUCCUCCGCCUCCAGCGUGGUUCUGUGCUGAGUGUGGCCCGGCUGUGUGUAUUUCUCUGUAUACUGUAAUAAAGUUAGCAUAGUAGCUUCCUCUGUUAGCAGGCCUGGGUCUGCCGGUCCAGCCCCUUCUCUUCUGAACAGUUACUUGACGUUUAGCUUCAAAUGGAUUAAAUUGUGAAUAUUUCAGCUCCACGACUGUCCAGCUUCUCCUCAGAAUGUCAGUCACUGAGCAACACUGGCAUGUAAAAUUUUAAACAUUUACCUUUUCUAACGAGCCUUAACUCUUGGUGAUGAACGAACGGAGCAGGUUUCAUGGAAAGCAUAUCACAACUCCUACCCAAGUACCUCAUACGCAGAUAGAACCGUGUCGGCUCAGCUUUAAAGCGUUUUAGGUGGAGCCUCUGACUCUAAGCUACUUCUGCCCACGUUGGUGCUCCUGAAGCUGGUCCCAUUCCUGCAUCCUGUCCAUCAGUAUUAAAGGGAGACGCCCUGAACUGGGACAGAAGGCGACUGGACCGGCUGCGCCCAGGUCUGCUUCUUAGCUUUUCUAUCUCGUCUUGGAACCUUUUCUCUGUAUUUAGCGGAUUAGCUUGUGUUGUCCUGUUGCAUGUUUAUUGGUUUCCCUGCAAUGUUACCGUCAUAGCUGAUCUACUUUUAAUUGUCUGUUUUAGACAAUAAAGGUUUUUGUUUUCGUA